CUAUCUUCUGUGAGUUCUUCCCGUGAACUUGUUUAGCCUGCUAUUCGUCAUGCCUGAACCGGCCAAGUCUGCUCCGGCCCCGAAGAAGGGCUCCAAGAAGGCGGUGACUAAGGCGCAGAAGAAGGACGGCAAGAAGCGCAAGCGCGGCCGCAAGGAAAGCUACUCUAUCUACGUAUACAAGGUGCUGAAGCAAGUCCACCCGGACACCGGCAUCUCGUCCAAGGCCAUGGGCAUCAUGAACUCCUUUGUGAACGACAUUUUCGAGCGCAUCGCGGGCGAGGCAUCGCGCCUGGCGCAUUACAACAAGCGCUCGACCAUCACUUCCAGGGAGAUCCAGACGGCCGUGCGCCUGUUGCUGCCCGGGGAGCUGGCCAAGCAUGCGGUGUCCGAGGGCACCAAGGCUGUCACCAAGUACACUAGUGCCAAGUAAACUGACACGCCUCACCAUGAGAGUACAUCUUUUCUUCAAGAUGGAUUCCACCACUGAGGCCUGUGGAAAGUUUGGCAUCAGCUGUUAUGGGAUGGCACUCUCUCCCUUUUGACCCCAUCCCUGCCCUCAAGGUGUGUUUAUGUGCAGGGAGGUCUCCCUAACCUCGGGAGUGAUCAUCUUAUCUCUACUCCAGCAUCUAAUGGAAUGCAAAUCAGAAAAGUCAUUGUAAAAAAAUAAAAUAUUUGAGGCAAUUGAA